CCCCACAAACUUCAAUAAUACAGAAACUACUUUCAGUUCCUGAGGCAGAAAUCUCACAGCAAGCGACAGGAACCCACAGCAAGAGGAAACAAAGAAAUUUACCACUACUCAGACAUUGCAUUUGGGACCUCAAAGACAAGAAGUUUGGGCACUUAAUUCAACCUCUGUAAGGAGCAAUGAAGAGACAAAAAAGAAGAAAGCCCUCUUCAAGCUGACAAGCAGGAAAGUAAAAGAAAAAACAACUACAGUCAUCAAGUUUCAGUCUUUCAUCAUCCAGAACGAUGGAUCAGAAGAUCCAAGAGCUCACUGUUACACUGUUCGGAAACAGCUCUGCUGUUCACUUUGGAGGUGAGAACAUUCUGCUCGGACAAAAUAAACCUGCAGCAGAUGGUGCUGAUGUAUCACUGAAAGUUUUAAAAUCAAGGAAUGUAUCAGGACGCAAGGUCAAUUUAAUUAACAUCCUGGACUGGCAAGACACUGAACUUUACCUGGACUCUGUGGAUGAGGCUAUAACUCGCCUAGUCAAUGAAAAUGAAAUCCAUGCCUUCGUCUUUGUUCUCCAAGUGGGUCAGUUAACAGAUACAGAUAAGAUGGGACUAGAAUGGCUGCAAAGAAUGUUUGGUGAAAGUGUGCUGCCUUUCAUGAUGAUUCUCUUCACCUAUGAGAAGGAAGAGGACUGUGACUCAAUCAUAGAUGACCUGAAAAAAAAUCCUGUUCUAGAGCAGCUGCUUCAGAAGUGUGGAGACAGGUACCACACCUGCAGCAAGAGCAUGAACAACCAAUCAGAGAUGAAAACACUGCUGGAGAAGAUUGAGCGCAUGGUUUCUGAGAACAACCAGUGCUGCUACACUGCAGAACUGUACAACACAGCUUCAAACCUCAGAGAACGACUGCAAGACAGUAAGAACCAACAAAGUGCAUGCAGCUCUCAACAGCAACAGGAUGAUGUGGAUGCUGCAGCCAGCAAACAAAUAACAGAAAAAGAAAAGGUCUCCAAACCAUUGAGAAUUUUACUGACUUUAAAGUCACUGCCGCAAACUGCCUGGGACAAACUAAAAAGACGUAAUCUUUCGGGGGAAUAUGUAGAGCUCGAAGUAGCAGAAGAUGUCCAACACCACUAUGAAGAAAAAGAAAAUCCACUGGCGGAGAACACACACCAGCUGUUUACAAGACUUCACCUAAAAACAAAUCAGAAAGAAAGGCUAAAACCUGUAGACAUUCUUCAAAUAACUGCACAGUCAUUACACUGCAAAGGGCCAUGUACUGAGGAAGAAUUGGUUCAAACCUUGUUAAUAAAGCUGCUGUUGAUGGACUACAGGGCAAGAAACAUAAAACAAGCGGUAAGCAAGCUGGACCUCAUUCAGUCAGGAACAGUGAGCAAGGACAGGGAGGAAACAUUUGCAGGUUUCAUAAGAAAAAAGUCAGUAUCUCAUGAUGAAACAAAAAGUAAAGAUUCUGUUCACCCCAUGGAUGUUCAGAUGGCUGUGUUCCACUGCUCAGAUAAUUUUCUAAAGCAGCUGAUAGUGACUAAGCUUUCACAAUGUCAGUAUGCUCUGCCUCUACUGGUGCCCAAUCCCUUCACUGGGGCAAAUGAAUUUCCUCUGUGGACUUUUCGCCAAGUGAGGAAGAGCUGGAAAAGCACUGAUAAUUUGGGUAAGAAGACCAGCAAUACCAAGCUGAUUUAUGAAGCAGAAACUUCAAUGGUGGCAUUCUUCAGGAUUGGUUAUAUUUCUUCAUCAAAGUCUCAGCUGAUUAACAGCCUGAUCAAUGAAAAGCACAACACAUUUUUCCACAGACAUUGCUCAAUCAGCAGCAGCAGCGAUCGUCUACUGAUGGAAGGUGUAGUGGAGAUUGCUUGGUAUUGCCCAUCAGGGAAAAGCAACGAUCAUUUCACUGAUUUGGUUGCAUUCUGUAACCUACACGGUGAUGCAGAAAGCCAUGAAAAACAGCUGGAAAUUCUGACUGAAAUGUCUUCUGUGAAUGUAGUAGUCUUAGACAAUCAAGAUGACAAUAUAACAAAUAAUGAAAUACUAGAGAAGCUCUUUGAAGGCCCAAAGCCUCUAAUUUGCUUACUUUGUGAUGAUGACUCUUGUGUCAGUAGGGCAAAGAGCCUGAAAUACAAAAUUGGUCUUAAAGGCAGGAAUCAGGCAGCUGUAUCUGAGGAGCUCAAAAACACUAUCAAAGAGUGUUUCUCAAAAUCUCCUUCUAAUUUCAGUCUCAACAAACUGGGUAAGAACAAGAAUAUCACAAUAGAUGAGAAUGAUGAGGAAUGCCAGAAAGGGAAGGAAGCUGCUAUGCAGAUAAUGGCGCUACUGAAAGGAACUGAACUGUCCAAAAUUAAGGAGAUGAAUCUCCCAUGUCAAGGAAAACUGUGGCAUGAGUGGUGCCAGAAAAAGAAGGAACUACACAGACUUCAAGGGCUCAACAUAGAGAAGCAAAAGUGUGAAAAGCAAGCUGAAAUGAGGGAGAUUCGCAAGAAGCAACAUCAACAUGGACUUUCAAAACUUAUAGAGCUGUUCAUUCACACAAUGAAGUCACUAACAGAAAAUGAGAAGUGCUAUUUUCUAAAAUGGCUUGGGAUCCUGCUGGAUAACUGUACCACAGAUGAGCUCUCUGGCUUCCGCCAAGCAUAUGACCUAACCUGGUCAAAAGUUCUGGACCUAAAUGGACAAGCUGACAAAUCAGAGGAAAUGAAGACUGCCCAAACACAACUUGAACAAAUAUCACAAAAACUGAGCGCUGCGUCCUUCGGUAUGGAACACAUUCUCAGGGAGAUGGGUCAGAUAUACGAGUCAUUUACCACUGUUCAAGUAGCAAAAAAAGACUUCACUCUCCCCAAAAUUGCAGUUGAGGUGAUGCUGUCUGGGCAUCCACUGGAGCUGAUGGAUGGUGAUACAGGACAUGUUCCUGUGAUUUGGGUUUCUGCUGUUCUAGAUGAACUUAUCAAUAAAUUAGGUGACAAGAGAGUGUUUGUGUUGUCAGUUUUGGGGAUUCAGAGCUCUGGGAAAUCCACUAUGCUCAAUGCCAUGUUUGGACUCCAGUUUGCAGUCAGUGCUGGAAGGUGUACCAAAGGAGCCUUCAUGCAGCUGGUCAAAGUGUCUGAGGAGAUGAAGACAAAACUGAAGUUUGAUUACAUCGUUGUUGUUGAUACUGAAGGCUUACGGGCGCUAGAGUUUACUGGAAUGUCAACAAGACAACAAGACAAUGGACUUGCGACAUUUGUUGUUGGUCUUGGAAACAUGACUUUGAUCAAUAUUUUUGGAGAGAAUCCAUCAGACAUGCAGGACAUCCUUCAGAUUGUUGUUCAGGCCUUCAUGAGGAUGAAGAAAGUGAGACUGAAUCCCUGUUGCAUGUUUGUGCAUCAAAAUGUUGGAGAAGUUAUGGCUGGAGAGAAAAACAUGGAAGGACGGAAGCGCUUGCUGGACAAACUUGAUGAAAUGACAAAAUUAGCUGCUAAAGAAGAAGACUGCAACGCAAAAUGUUUUAGUGAUGUCAUUGCAUUUGAUGUGAGGAGUGAUGUGUGGUAUUUCGCACAGCUCUGGGAGGGCAGCCCACCCAUGGCACCACCAAAUCCUCUGUACUCUGAAAACAUUCAGGAGCUAAAAAGAAACAUCUUCUUGAAAAUUUCCAAAAGCCGAGGUGUGACACUCUCAGAAUUAAAAAAAAAAUUCAGCAGUUUAUGGAAUGCACUUUUGGAUGAAAAUUUUGUGUUUAGCUUCAGAAACACUUUGGAGAUUGCAGUGUACAGGAAACUGGAGCAUGAGUACAGUAAAUGGACAUGGAGUCUGAGGAGUGCCAUGCUGGCAAUUGAGAACAGGCUUCACAACAGAGUCACCAAUGAAAAUUCAUUGAAGAUUGAUGAAAAGGACAUUGUGGAAUGCCUAAAAGAGACAAAGACAGAUGUAGAAACAUUAAUCAAAACGUUCUUUGAUGAAGAUCGGGACAAAGAAAUUUUGAUCCAAUGGCAAGAAAGAUUCCAGAUAAAAAUUGCAGAUCUUUGCAAUGAGCUUGUAGAAGGAACAAAGAGAAAGUUGGAUGAAGUUAUUCGACUAAAAUUAGCGAGGCAGAAGGUCGACUGUGAAAAGAAAGCAUAUGAAGAUAUGCUUUUUAAACUGAGUAAAGAUCUCGCCUUUUGUUUGAAAAACAAAGAAACUGAGGAAGAUGCACUUGAGAAAGAAUUUGAAGCUGUCUGGUCCAAGUGGGUCACUGAACUGACUCAGGACACACCCUCAUUUGGCGAAAUUAAUAUAUGGAGUGAUGUAACACAGAUCUUGUCAGAAAGCUAUGAACUAAGCCUGGUUUGUGAGCGACAAACUCAGAGUGUUUAUAAAAGAAUCGAUGCUUUAGGGGAUUAUUCAGGCUACAUCAUUCUUAAAAUCCAAGAAGACUCUAGCCAGGAAGAUCUGCCAUCAACAAUUGAACAGGGAGAGGAAGAUGACAAUAAGAAUGCUUGUGUAUUUGGACAAAUGGUUAAAAAUGAGACACACAGUGAGUCUGAGGACAGCUGCAUAGCCAAUACUUUCACAGAAGACGAUAACAAUUCACUGAGUGCUUUUAUUAGAAGGACUGAAACAGACAUUAAGGCAGAAACUCAGAAGGCACCUAUUGCAGAACGUGGAUACAGUCGCAUCUAUAUUCCAAAGAUAAUUGCUUCUGUCAAAGAAAAAGUAAAAGCAUAUGAAUCCAGCACCUCAAAGUUUAUACUCAAAAAGGAAUUCACAGUGGAUUUAUGCCUCUAUGUGUGUAAAUUUGCAGCAGACCAGUUUGCUGAGCUGCACAAGGAGUUCAAGGAAGCCUAUGAUGUAAGACUGUACCUGGAGAAACAGAGGCCGCAGUACCUCAACAUCUUCAAGAACUACUGCAAUGGAGCGACCUCCACAGCUGUGUUUGGUCAGGUAAUUGUGGAUACACUUGAACCAUCAAUACUGCAGGCAGCAUAUGACCAAACUGCCAUUAAUCUGAGUGAGAAAAUGAAACGUGACAUUCCUGCAUUUAAUGGAAACAGGUCAAAUCUGGAAAAACACAUUCUGACAUCACUAGCAGUAGAGGAGUCAUUUGAGAAAUACAUUGAAUACAUUCAAAAACCCAGAGAACAUUUUAACAAUUUUAUCAAGAAGAAGGUCAACGAUUACAUUUUUGAAGACAACUGUUCAGUGGUUCUAGAAACCAUUAAAAGCAACAUCAUCUCCAAAGGAAAGUGUGUGGUGGAUGCUGUGAAUGAAGCAACAGAGAAGAUAAAAAGUAAUGGAGAUGUCAGCAUGUGGCUGCACCAUUUAUCCCAAAAACUAAAAGAUGAGCUUCAGUUUAAAGAAAAGUCGUGUCUUGAGAAGAAAGAAAUUACAGACCUUGACUUUCUCUCACAGGUUGUGAUCAAGGGUCUAACUAGUAUCAUGCCAAAGCUAAGCACUGGCUUUCAAAGCAUUUCUGACCUCAAAUGGGAAAUGUUCAGGAAGAAACCUGAUGAUAUUCUGAUUGAGCACCUCUGCCAAUGCUGCUGGGCACAGUGUCCGUUCUGUAAUGCCAUCUGCACCAACACAAUGGAAGAUCAUACUGGAGAUCACAGUGUCCGAUUCCACCGUAACUGUGGAACAAAUGGAUGGACUUACAAGGUUAAUUUGAAAAAUGAGCUUGGGAUAGAUUUCUGCACAACAGCUGUUUCAAAUAAUCUCCUGCAUUUUAAAACAUCUGAUGGAGUGUUUUCUUUUAGAAACUACAGAACUGCAGGUGGAGAAUACGCCAGAUGGAAUAUCAGCCCUGAUAAUUCUGAGAUGCCGUACUGGAAAUGGUUUGUGUGCAGAUUUCAGGAGGACCUGGAAAACCAUUACAAGAAAAAAUUCAAAAAUCAUGGAGAGAUUCCCAGUGAAUGGAAGGAUUACACUAAAGAUAAAGCUAUUGAAAGCUUAAGAGAGCUGUAGUGUUACUCUGGCUGACUGAACACCCCUACGGUGUUUUUGUGGAUUUUAGUGUCUUGCUAUUCAGCUCAUGUGACCAAAAGGUUUUGUUUGUUGACAAAAUAUGAAAAUUCUAUUUGCCCUUUGUGUAAUAAUUGAAUUCAAAAUAGUUAUAUUUUAUUUAGACCUCGUUUAAACAUCUACAAAAGCUGCUGCAAUGAUGCAGCCUUUACAACUGUGUUUGGCCAGUUAAUUGUGAAUACACUUUGAUUUGAUAUUGAUUCUGCAGGUAAUAUAUGACCAAACUGCUACUGAUCUGAGUGAAAAAAUUUAUUGUGAUGCUCCUGCAUUUAGUGGAAACAUUAAAUCUGAAAAAUAUGCAAUGACAUCAGAAUGGAGACAACACUGGAAAAUCACACUGAAUACACUUAGAAACCCAAAGAAUACUUUAAUGAUUUUCAGAAGAGAGCUGAUGACUACAUAUUGGAAGAAAACAGUCCCGUGUUUCUAGAAAGCAGUGUCAAAUCCAAAGGAAAAUGUGUGAUGGACACUGUGAAUGAAGCAACAGAAGAGGUCAAUCACAAUGUCAGCAUGGGGCUGCAAUAUUACAGUCACAUUUGAUUAUGCACUUGAGCAUAUUUGGUCUAAUUGUUUUUAACUACCUAACUACUUAACCAAUAUUUUUUCUUAUUGUUUUUUAGUCUUUUAAUAGUUGUUUUGCAAAUGUAAGUCACUUUUAUGCCCCUGUCCCAGAGGUAUUACUGUGAUUAAUACUCUGAUAAUAAUCUGUAUUCAUUAUUUGGCUGUUUCGUUCCUCUAGCAAUUAUAAUAAUAAUUUUUCUUCAUACAUAUUUUAAUUUAUUUAGUUCAGAUUGUAACAUAUACAACAUAGUCAUAUUAUAACUUCAGGUUUAGGUCCAUACCUAAACUGCCAUUCAGGUUAUUUCAUGAAGUGAUUCUCUAUACUGCAAAUAGUUACAUUACCAACAAUGGUCUAACUGCUUCUAAGUAUUUAGAAGUGCAUCAAUUUUUAAUAGGCUUUUUUAAAGGAACAAUUGUUUUAUUCAAGUGCACUCUCAAAGAACAAUAAAAAAAUCACAAAAUAUAUGUGUUUUUCAUGUUUCAUGAUUUUUUUCUGAAAAUACUACCUAGUCAUUGAUGUCCAGUGAUAUGAAAGUCUAAUUAUAUAGGAACCAUUUUAUGGGAUUAAUUUAUUGCCAAAGCAUAGAAAACAGUAAAAUGUGUUUUGUAAAUGUCCUUCUAUUUACAAAAACUUAACUGUGUCAUAACACCCAUCAAUGAUUAGACUGACAUACACUCACUGAUCUGAAAAUUCCUUGAAAUGUUACCUUGCCUGACCACAAUUAAUCAGCAGCCCUCAAAGUUUUUGCACAAACAUGCAAAACAGAUUGGUAAGGGCUAAGUGGUAGGGGCGAGGGGUGAAAUGGCAUUGGGCCUUUGUGUAUGUAAUAUUUACUACAUUGUAGAAAACAUUUGUUGUUAAACUAUGAAGAGUAGCAUGUUCACAUGUGGUGCAACUGUCUAACAAUUCAUUCAAAUGUCACAUGAUUUUGAGAUUGAAUCACAGAAAUGCCAUAACUGCCCAUAUCUGAUAUCAGAUCUCAGUCAAAAAAGCCUUUGUGACUGUAGUGGACAGAUUGGCCUUUGCAUAGGGGUCACCAAAUCUGACAGCUGCUGUCAGAAUAUCAUCUCCACAAAGACUAGUUAAAGUCACACCAAAUUGUUUGAUUGUUUGGUGACCCAUAUGCCAAGGUCAAUCUGUCCAUUUUGACUAAAAAUGUGAAGAGGUAGUAAGUCUCUCAAAAAUGAUCUUUCACUGUUUUGUGUAGAUCAUUCUGACUGUUCCUUGAUGCUUUUAUUGUUUGUGUGUGUGUGUGUGUGUGUGUGUGUGUGUGUGUGUGUGUGUGUGUGUGUGUGUGUGUGUGUGUGUAUUGCGCCAGGCCAAAAAAGCUUGUGUACAUAUUGUGUAUCUUUCAUCAUGUGAUGUUUAUAGAUGUAGAACAUUUGUAAUGAAACAUCAGAGCCAGGAAUAAAUCAAAUGACUGAAUGAA